AUGCAAUGCACGUAUCGCGAUGGGAGCCCCGUGGACGUGUUAAGAAAGACCAAUGAACUAGUGCCUACUGUUUCUAUUUCCAGUUCUACGACCCAGAGCGAGGCCUCGCAGUCCAGUGGCCCUGUGUUGAGCCGAGGACUCGUGGUGGGUUAUCCCCGAGAUCAACAACAAGCCCAUCAACAACCCCCGGCGCAGCAGAACAAAGACAAAUCACCAGCACCGGAACGCGAGAAUCAUUCCUCAAAUCAAUCAAAUCAAUCAAAUCACUCUGCGCCAUUGGUUCUUUCCUCAUCGUCAUCCAUAACCCCCGUCACGCCUCGCCUUCGCAAUGUUCCCGAGAAAACAAAGCUCUUCGGCCAAACCCACUGGCUUCACACCGCAGAGAAGUUCCCGGUGUCGGGCAAGUUCCAUCCAAUUGAAGUUGAGCCGUCAUUCAACGACGCCAAAGCCGAGCUGCUCGAGGCCCUCAACGAGGCUCGCAAUCUCAGGUUCGCCAUGAAGAACCUGCACGAUGUUCAGCUCGAUGAGCCCAUCCGCGAUAUACCGGGCACACUGCCUCCCAAGGAGAAAUGUGACGAACUAACCCGGUGUUACUUUCGCACCCUCGAGCCGUUGUAUCGCAUCGUGCAUAUCCCAUCCUUCUGGAGGGAAUAUGAUCGGGUGUGGGAGCUCCAACCGACAACGCCGGUUCCCUCCGUUUUCCUAAUAAAAUUAACACUAAUACUUGCCAUUGGAACCACAUUUUAUACCCAUUUGAACGACGACGACAUGAAUCAGUCUCGCACCCUCGCACAGACUUGGAUUCAGAAUGCGCAAUGGUGGCUGACAGGUCCAUCGGAGAAGUCAACAUAUAACCUCGAUGGGCUGCAGGUCUUUUGUCUCCUUAUUUUAGCACGCCAAACUACCUUCAACUGCUCUGGAGGGACCUCGUGGCUCUCUGUGGGAUCUCUUUUGCGAAUGGCCAUCACCAUGGGACUCCACCGAAACCCGAAACUGUUUCCAUCCCUGACUCCCUUUCAACGGGAGUUCCGCGCAAGGUUGUGGACAACCGUCUUGGAACUUUCUGUCCAGUCUUGCCUCGACCUAGCAUUGCCGCUCAACUUCUCCGCGGACGGCUACGAUGCCUGUCUGCCCUCAAACUGCAAUGACGUCGAUCUCGAGUCCAACUCACAGAUCGUGUCCGCUCCGAUGAGUACAUUCACAGACUCGUCGCUCCAAAUCCUUUUGGCCAAGUCCCUACCGUUGCGGAUUGAGAUUGUGCGCCUCCUGAAUGAUUUUCGAAAAGAGCAAUCUUACGAGAGGGCCUUGACGUUGGGCGCUGAGAUUCGAGUGGCCUGUCGCGAGGUGGCGGCAUUCUUCCACUCCUACAGGGACGUCGACAAUGGCCUUUGUAGCGGACCGAAACUCAGACCGACAGAGUUCCAUCGCAAAUUCAUGGACAUGCAUAUUCGGCGGUUCACCAUGUUUCUCCAUCGCGACUUCAUGCUCCAGGCUAGGACGGACCCGCGAUUCUACCUCUCUCGGAAGAGCUGUGUCGAGGCAGCCAUGGUCAUUGCAUCCUCCAGCAAAGGUGCAGAUCUCAGUCUGCCGAUAGCGGACUGGGAUGAGAUGUCCCGGCUCGCGCUCGUCGGCAGAGGUCUGUUCAAGUGUUCGCUGAGCUUUGACGCCACUCUAGUGCUCGCUCUAGAGGUCGUCACGCAGCUCGACGACGAAUCCGCGCCACAGUCUGAAGCCGAUGCCCUCGACGAGAUGGCCAAGGCCACACGAGAACCCCUGAUACAGGCGCUGGAGUUCACCCGUGAACAACUAACUCACUUGAUUGAACGAGGCAACACCAGUCUCAAGAGGCUACUCUUUGUAGAAGCUCAUCUUACCCAGAUACGGGCCAUGGAGGCUGGUCAACCCAUCAAGCCCGCCGUCUACGACACUGUUAACAAAACGUUGCGCUCCUGCGUCUCGGUGCUGCGCGAAAGCUGGGACGCAGCCACGCCACGCGAAACCGGGGGCACUAUGGAUGCCAUGAUGGCCGACUUUUUUCCUCCUGAUAUGCUUCCAGGGGACACUGAUAUGAACUGGGACAUAUCGAACCUCCUCUGCUUCUCCACUCUGAAUGAGAUUGGCCAGAUUCAAUGGCCAGCCUAA